GACUCACAUUGUGUGCUAUGAUUGCUACAGAGUACGCUUAUGUCCGCCAAACACUCAAACAAUAACAAAGACUUGAACUCAAACAUUAAGCUUAGAAACUAGAAAUUGGUAUUCCUUGCCGACUAGGUACUAGGUGUGCUAAAUCAAAGUUCAUGUCUCGCACGCCCAAAAAGAAUCUGUCGCAACCAACAGCUUAUGCUAAAGUGAGUUCAACUACCCAUCAAAGUUGGGCUACCAAACCUCCUUGGCUGUCAACUACCAUUCCUCCCCACUUGAUUUGCUAGUUUUUCUCUCACCUCACAUUCUUCUUCCAAAAGGGUCCACACAGUCUUCUCCCCAUUGUCACUUGUAGUACUACUUAUAUAUGCUUUCUCCCACAACCAACCUCCACCAACUCUGGCCUUAUUUUUUUUCCCAUUCAAUAGUGAAACUACUUAAAAGAGUUUUCUUGAGUUUUACCCUUCUGAUCCCUACUACUAGUAUAAUGGCUGACUUUGAACACUCUUACUCUGAUGAUGCCUCUGUGGACUCUAGAGCAGAGGACACAAGUCAAGAAUCCAAGAUUGAAUUUUCCGAGGAUGAGGAAACCCUGAUCACUAGAAUGUUUAAUCUGGUUGGAGAAAGGUGGUCUCUGAUUGCUGGGAGAAUUCCUGGAAGAACUGCAGAGGAAAUUGAGAAGUACUGGACUUCAAGAUAUUCCACUAGUGCAUGAAUGAAAUGCCCGGAAAAUCUCCGGUGCAAACUCGAAAGAGCAAGAAAAUUUUGGACUUCUAGUAGUAAUAUUUUAGUUGGGUGGGAUUGGUGGUUAUGAAAUGCAUCUCUAGUUUCUGGGUUUGAAAAAAUAUGAACAAUGGUUCAACCUGCUACUAUUUGUUUGGUAUUUGGUCGUCCAUAUUCCCUUUCUGUGCAAUGAAAUCUAUUGUUAUGGCCAAAA